CUUCACAAUGAGCUUCAUGCCGCGCCAUGGCAUCUCAGCUUUGCUGGCUGCGCUGUCCGGAUCCUUGACAUCGGCAGGCUACCCAGAGGCGGAUGAGAGCCAUGUCCAGAGGCUUUUGGCCAAGAUGACCACUGAAGAGAAGCUCCUACAAACCUGCAUCGACUCGCAGUGCCCGGAGAGCCGUGCCAGGUGGCUGCGUUGCGACCCCGGCGGGGGCGGCGGCGUGGCGGGAGGCGGCGACGCGUGGUUCAACAUGGAGGACCUUCCAAGGGUUGGAAUCCGCGGCAUGCGCAUGCGCGAUGGGCCGAAAGGCAUGACCUGCCAGGGCGGGUCCGGCGCCUUCAGCGCGCCCUGUCCGGCGGAUGGCACCUCCCCGUCCUUCCCGUCCCAAGUGACCCGCGCGGCCAGCUGGAGCACGGAGCUGGAGGAGGAGAUCGGACAAGCAAUAGGGGACAUCGCUGCCACGCUGGACAUCCAUGCGGCUUUGCUGCCAACGAUCAACAUCCUGCCCUGGCUGAACUGGGGACGUGCGCAGGAGAGCUACGGCGAAGAUCCGUUCUUCAGCGGGAAGAUGGGGGCCGCCGUUAUCCGUGGCGUCCAGAAGGACAAGAAGGUCAUGGCCACCGCGAAGCAUUUCCUGGCCAACAACAUCGAGAACACCCGGUGGUGGGUCAGCGCAGAGAUGGAUGAGAAGACUUUGCACGAUGUGUAUCUCAGGGCUUGGGCCAUUGUGGUCUCUGACUCUGCGCCUGAGCUGGUGAUGACGUCCUACAACAGGAUUCAGGGGAAGUGGGCAUUUACCGACCCGAAGUUCAUUGACAUCCUGCGGGACCAGUUGGGCUUCGAUGGCAGCAUCAUGACCGACUGGUAUGCCUCCUGGGAGGCAAUCACUGGUGGAAUGAUUUUGGGAGAAGUAGGGCAGAGCAGCCCCUUCUACGGGGUGAAGGGCUUCAUCCCCAGCAACAGCCUCUACUCUGCUGGCGUGGACAUGGAAAUGCCCUUCUGCAGCAAAAACCGGGACGCCGUCGCCCAGGCACAGGCUUGCGGGGACGCGCGGGAGGACUGCACCACUCUGCAGCACCUGGACCGCGCGACAGGGCGGAUCCUGCGGUCCAAGCUGAGGUAUGGUUUGCUCGGCGAGAGCAAGAACCACACUCGGCUCCCUGCAUGGGAUGAGAAGUUCGACAGGCUGAUCCUCCGUGCGGCGCAUGAGGGCUUAGUGCUGCUGAAGAAUGAGGGCUUACUCCCCAAGGCCGGGAGAGCCGUGGAGCGCCUGGCGGUGCUGGGCAGCGCGGAGCAGCUGGAGCUGGGGGACCACGGCUCCAGCGCUGUGAAGCCCGCCGGCAGGCUGGUCACCGUGCUGGACGGGCUCAAGGAGAAGUACCACGGUGCGGACGUCAGACUCAUUCAGCAAAACACCACGGAAGAUGUGGCCUUCGUGAGAUCCGCCGAUUUGGUGGUCAUCGACGUGGGCUUCGACUUCACCUUUGAGGGAGAGUUCCUCCCUCCGGCAACUGGCGGUGACAGGAAGUACUUGACUCUGCAUCCUUUGCAUGUGCAUCUCAUCCAGCAGGUCGCAUCUGUCAACCAUAACGUGGUCGUGGUGAUCACUUCAGGCGCAUCGGUGAUUGUGGAGGACUUCGUUGAUCAGGUCCAGGCGAUCAUUUGGAUGGGCUACCCUGGGCCGCUUGGCGGGCAAGCUCUGGCCGACGUGCUGGCGGGUGACGUGAACCCCAGCGGCAAGAUGCCCGCGGUCACGCCCAAGCGGCCGCAGGACUAUUUGCCUAGUGGCACGCCUCUGGAGCCGUGGGCGCUAGACAAGAUCGACGUGGCCCCGGCCUAUCCAUACAGCCACGGGUUUAAGCACAUGUGGCAGAGCGGAGUAGCACCACGAUACCCCUUUGGUUGGGGACUGAGCUAUACGCGCUACACCUACUCACAGCUGGAUGUGUUUAGGGAUCCUGGUGGCGAUCGACUCCUGGUUCUUGUGCAGGUGACCAAUUCUGGUGGACAAGCCGGCCUGGAGGUGGUGCAGGUCUACGCGACUUGCCAGGCCUGCCGCAAGCGACGGCUCCCGGUGGUCUUGGUGGCUUUCGCAAAGGUGCUGUUGCAGCCAUCGGAGACCAAGGAGGUGAAGUUACUUGUUGACCUCAAAGAUGUGGCAGCCUACGAUGCAGAGGUGGGUGAGGUUGGUGGAGGUUGGCUGGAGAAGGGCGCAUACGACUUCCUGGUUGGCCCUGCUGCGCAAGAGGAUGUGCUGCUGCGGCAAACCGUCCUGCUGGAAGACCAGGCCUUCCGCUAUCCCGGACGACCUGGAACCGCGGACUCAAAGGUCACACCAUCAGAGUGCCAGCAUUUCCGGUGCGUGCCUGAUAUGAACCGCAUCAGAGGCUGGUCGCCUCCGGACAAGAACCCGAUGGACCUGCUCAUUGUCGCCUCGUGGGCUCGGCUCUACCCGUUGGCGGCGGGCAGCGCGGCGGUGCGGGGCCUGGUGCUGCUUUGCUGUUGCCGAUGCCGGCAAUGUUGCAAGUCCAAGGUGACUUCUGCGAAAAAGACGUCCUGAGGCAGUGUGAAGCAGCGUUCCAAAAGCUAGUUCGCAGGAGGCGGGUGCCCAAAGAAGUUGGCAGCCGCAGCUUUUCCCAUCGGCUUUUCCCAAUUUUUAAAGCAAUUUCGUGCCCAAAGACGGUAAGAGCAACAGAAUAGCCGA